ACCUCAUAUAAUCAGAUUCCUUCACACACUCACCUGUGCUCUCCAAAGCAGGAGGAGCAGCUUUGUGUUCCUGAGCUGAUUAUCGACUAAAUAUGGACGAAGAGAAAGCCGAACUCUUCCAGGCUCUGAGAGCCAUGGCUUUUUUAGAGGCGUUGGAAAUACAAGCGGAAAUUCUGAAAAGGCUGAUUGCUGCAUGUCGCCCUGAAAGUCCCAGGAGCUCUGCUGAAAGGAAAAGAUUAAUAAACCUUGCAAUAGAAAACUGCAAAGAUGAAACUGUCCUGCAGUGGCUGAGAGAAAAUUCAGAGUCUGGCACCUUCAGAAAACUCUCAGACAUGUUUGAUUUCCUGAAAAGAAAAAUUGAUGAGGAAGAAAAGAAGAACCAUGAUGACACUGUUGACAUAAUCUUUGUGUCACAUGGAUCAAUCAGAGACUCCAUGAUCCCAGCCAGCUGUUUGCUGCCUCUGCCCACCAUCACUGACCUGGUCCUGUACUCUCCCUGGAACUGUGGCACCACUGGUGAUGUAACCUAUGGCAUUGCAACAGGAAAAAUGAGGCCACAGCACAGAGUUUUUUACCAUAGAAAAGAAAAAGACGGUAAAAUUACUCCUGAUACACAUCAACCCCUGAACCUGCCAAACUACUGGAACUCACUGAAGAAAGCUGGAGGACGGAAGAUCCCAAACAUCAUUGUUAGCCCUCUGCAGGAAGAUGAAGGAGUGUGGAAAAAAUUUAAGUCUCUCUCAACAAAAUAUGGUCCACCAGGACGAAACCGCAUCGUCAUCCCGUUCAGCCUCCCAGCAGAGAGUGAAAGUGUCCCGUUCUCUGUCGUCUGCUUGGCUCUGUCCCUGGUGCUCCUCUCUUCCAGGUUUAAAGCCACCGUUCACUUUAAUGCCUGUCUGAGUGAUAAGUCUACAGGACAGAAAUGUGACAGGAAGUAUCUGCAGGAGCAGUACUACUGCACUGAAGACAACACUGUGAUGACAUGUUCACCAGAUGCAUUCAGUGUGAACUGGUGGGAUUAUUUUAAGAGUCUGUUUAGUUAGAUGCACUCAUCCACAUCCUAUAAUCUUUUCUGUGUUAAAUGUUUCAAAACUGUUUCAGAAACAUUAAACCACAAAAACAGUUUUA